ACAAGUUCAAUGCUAAAUUAGAAGACAUUGAUCCAGCUUUGAAAGAACAGUUCAAGAUAUAUGGAGCAGUUACUCCACUAAUCACAAAAAAUACAACACAGCAGCAACUCGACUUGGACAAGUAUACAAAGCAAUGUGAAGAAAUAAUUACCACGAAGGACAUCAGUAUUAUUCUUUCGUUUCGUGACGUUUCUUCACUCAUGGUUCCUGUAAGUUGAUGGAGAUAAAUGCCCGGAUGUUUUCACCAUUACUACAGAUCUAUCGACAAUGUUUACAGAAUGGUGAUCCUGUGGAGGCACUAUUGAAUAUGGGGAGUAAUAUGCCAGUGAAAUCGCCAGAGUUUAAAGGUAGCUAUGGGAUGAACAGUAUGAUCACAACAUAUACAUCUGGUAGAGCAGAUGAACUGUUGGACUACAAUGAAGUAAACCAAGUAAAAGAGAUUCGACCGCUAUAUGCAUCAACUGAUAAUGUACCAUUGCCUAAUGGAGAUCAAGGAACGAUGUUAGCUAUAGCUGAUAUUACAGCUGAAUCAUAUCAAGGUGUGUUAGAUAAAUAUGAAGAGAUAUGUGGUAGAGUUGUGAAGAUGCCCCAAUGGAGCCCCAGUUUUUGA